CUGCAGGUUUUGGGAUGCAACCGACUCGGGUACAUGUGCAUGUACGCAUACGUGUGUGCAUCCUGCCCGUGCACGGCGAGUGCACCGCGGUAGAGACACACUGUGCAUGGCAUGGCAUGGCAUGGCAUGGCAUGCAACACCUCCUUGUUCACUCACUCAAAGCACAUGCAUGCCAUGCGCUCUCUAUCUACCAGCUUGCUUAUUCAGCUAAUUCACAACAAAGCAUGCAUAUAAUACACUACAAUACACUACAAUACAGUGUGAACACACCAACAGCAAAAGGGCUGACUGGUGUCUGUCGGUCUGUCUGUCGGUCUGUCGGUCUGCUUGGCCUCACUCUAUGACGGCCCCUUGUUCACAACAACAACAGUGUGUGUAGGCUGGAUGGGGAUAGCUAGAUAGGUGGAUGACAAACACACCCUUCUAUCACACAAACCUUGCCCAAGCCACACCUCACUUGAGAGUGGUCAGCCGGGCGCAGGUAAGGGCUUCAGACGAAUGCAUCUGUCGCACACGUCGGAAAACAUUACCAGCGCCCAGCUGACCACACACCCAAGAGAGCAAGCAGCGCCCAAUAUACUGAGACCGACCGGUGUGGACAAAAGGUAGGACAACACAGAUCACAUCCACUGGCACCCAAUAAGCACAUCAAGACAGCUAGCUGCCGUUCCCUGUCAUUUCUCGGCUAGUCCUGGUGUGUGGUAUGCUGCACAGCCGCAACGCUUGUCGACGGAUGCAUUCGUCGCACCGUCGCUGUGCGUUGGAGCUGUCCAUCGCACCACACAUCGAACCAGGCCAGGGCAAUCUCGAGAUGUGUGGUGAACAUAUCACAUGACAUGCACGACACCGUGAUGAACAGACAGGACGUCUCUCAAGACGCCGCGCUCGCUCCGCCCUCCAAAGGUGUGGUCUGUCGGGGACGUGCAAGCGGCUUCCCACGGGUGCAAUCAGCGCACCUGCCGAAACAACUUGCACAUCGCCAGCAAACCACAUCUUUCGAGAGCAACAACAGAUCCAUUCAUUGUAUGAGUGUUUCUUCCUUGGCGCGCUGCCUCGCUGUUGCAAAAAGGUACACAACAGUCAGUCAGUCAGUCAGGAGCAGACGGACGGCGACACGCACGGAGGAGACGUAUAUAUGUACAGGGUACUAUCAACAGGCGAUCGACAGGGUGGCUAGUUUACAGACGGGAUGGACGGCACGGCACCGCACGCAGACAAAAAGAGGGAGGCAGGGAGCACCGUUGCAGUCAGUCACACCCGCACAAAAAGACAGACAGACAGACAGACAGGAGAGAGAACAGUGCAAACAAAACUGACCCAUCCCUCCCAUCCACCGACGCACACAACACACAACACACGCACAUACACACAUUACACUUGCAUCCCCUGACUGACUGUCCGUAUGAGCGAUAGACACCGUGUGUGGAUCCAUCCAUCCAUCAGCCCUGUGUGGCCGGCAUUGCUACGUGCAUGAGGGGCACACCGACGCCGCUCUCGUCUCGCUGGCCGUGGUCGUGGUUGUGUGUCUGGUGGCCACCCACCUCAACCUCGGCCUUCAUCGGUGCUGCACACACACAACAGACAGAGCAUAUGUAUGAAGACGCUCUACCCUCUCCCUCGCCCCAUAGCUAUGGCAUAUAUAUACCCAGGUGCGAGAGGAUGAUGGACCAGCAGAACGACACGCCCGCCACCCAGGCAAUCCUGAACUGUGGCGGUAUGACGGCGAAGGUCAUGAUGUGACCGGGCGUCCACAGCAUCCAGUAGUGGGGCAGCACCGAGGCGGCCUCUCCCCUGUACUCAUAGAGGCCCUCCAGAGGCCGCUUGCCGUUCAGCACCGCCUUGAAGACGUAAUACACGGGGAAGUAACUCAGCGGCGUGUGCACAAACAGCUCACACAACACCUGCAGACACACGUAGACACCCAUGAAGGCCUUCGUGCACAUUACACUGUGUGUGCGAGUUGCCCUCAUAUAUCCCUACCGUACUUACCUUCCUGGUGACCACGACAAGGCUGCAUCCGGUGCCAAGGAAGCGAGGGAACACCACGUUGUACCAGAAGUGCUGGGCACACCCCUGCAGUGCACGCAAUACAACAACACAACACAUACACACACAGUGGCAUAAAUGACACAUCAGUCGUGUCAGUCAGUCAUCGCUGCACUAGCUAAAUGGCCGUCCUUCAUGUGGCUUGUCGGCCUCUCUCACCGUGUACGCUGCGCCAAAGAGGGCGAAUUUGGCGUUGCGCGCCACAUCCAGCGACUCACAGCCCUCCACAUUCCGCUGAGUGAUCACGUCGCUCGCACUCGCCUGCACACGCCAUACGUACAGAUGCGCCAUGCAUGGAUUCGGUGAAAGGACCGGCAGUUUGUUUGUGUCUGUCUGUGUCGACCAACACACCUUUAUGCCACAUGUUGCGAAGGCCAUCAAGUAGGGCCAGUCGUCAUACUUGGCCUUGUACCUGCACACAUUCACAGACGGACACAGACAAUUGAUAUCCUCUUGCGUGAGCGCACAGAAGUCCAUUCGUUUUGUUCUCGCACUCACCAUUGGAAGAAGCGCCUGAACACCUUCAUCGCGGCUUUGCUUGCACGUCUACCACUGGAGGCCGAGGGAAGCUGCCCGGCUUCG